UCGGAGUCCAUGUCCCGGCGCGGGCGGCGGAGGAGGGGCCAGGGCGGCGGCGGCAACCGGGCAGCGCCGACACCCGCGAGCCGCUCGGUACCGGCGGGAGGCGGCGAAGGGGGCGGCCGGGAGCCCGCGCGGGGCGCGCUGGGAGCCGUAGUCCGGGCGUGCGCAGUGGCGGGAGCGGGGGCCGCCGGGAGCGGGGCGGGGCCGGGCCGGGCGGGGCGGUGGCGGCGGCAGCUCGGGAGGAGCGGAGCGGAGCGGAGCGGAGGCAUGGCGGCCAACACCGGCAGCAGCGGCGGGACGGCGGCACCAGCGACGACGGCGGCGGCGGGGGAACCGGCACACGCGGUGUCUCUGCUGCGGGGCCUGAGCGCGCUGCGGGCGGAGAGGAGCCUGCUGGACGUGACGGUGGUGGCGGGCGGGCGGGAGUUCGGGGCGCACCGCGCCGUGCUGGCCGCCGCCUCGGGCUAUUUCCGCGCCAUGUUCGGCGGGGCGCUGCGGGAGGCGCGGGCCGAGCGCGUGCGGCUGCACGGCGUGGAGCCCGAGUGCCUGGCGCGCCUGCUCGACUUCGCCUACACCGGGCGCGUGGGGCGGCUGGGCCCUGACAUCGCUGAGCGCCUGCUGCGCGCCGCCGACCUGCUGCAGUUCCCCACCGUCAAGGAGGCCUGCGGGGCCUGGCUGGCGCGGCAGCUGGAGCCCGCCAACGCCUUGGACAUGCAGGACUUCGCCGAGGCCUUCGCCUGCCCGGCGCUGGCGGCCGCGGCGCAUCGCUUCGUGCUGCGGCACGUGGGGGAGCUGGGCGCGCAGCUGGAGCGCCUGCCGCUGCCGAGGCUCCUGUCCUACCUGCGCGAUGAUGGGCUCUGCGUCCCCAAGGAGGAGGCCGCCUUCCAGUUAGCGCUGCGCUGGGUGCGCGCGGACCCGGCUGCCCGCGCCCCGCUGCUGCCGCAGCUCCUGGCCCACGUCCGCCUGCCCUUCGUGCGCCGGUUCUACCUGCUGGCGCACGUGGAGGGCGAGCCGCUGGUGGCGCGCUGCCCGCCCUGCCUGCGCCUCCUGCAAGAGGCCCGCGACUUCCAGGCCGCCCGCCUCGACCGCCACGACCACGGCCCCUGCGCCCGCAUGCGCCCGCGGCCCUCCACCGGCCUCGCCGAGAUCCUCGUCGUGGUCGGCGGCUGCGACCGUGACUGCGAUGAGCUCGUCACCGUCGACUGCUACAACCCGCGCACCGGGCACUGGCGCUACCUGGCCGAGUUCCCCGAGCACCUCGGAGGGGGCUACAGCGUGGCUGCGUUGGGCAAUGACAUCUACGUCACCGGGGGGUCCGACGGCUCCAGGCUCUACGACUGCGUGUGGAGGUACAACUCCAGCGUGAACGAGUGGACGGAGGUGUCUCCCAUGCUGAAGGCCAGGGAAUACCACAGCUCCACGGUGCUGGACGGGCUGCUCUACGUCAUCGCCUCGGACAGCACGGAGCGCUACGACCACGCGCUGGAUAGCUGGGAGGCCCUGCAGCCCAUGCUCUACCCCAUGGACAACUGCUCCACCACCUCCUGCCGCGGCAAGCUCUUCGCCAUCGGCUCCCUGGCUGGCAAAGAGUCCAUGGUGAUGCAGUGCUACGACCCCGACAGCGAUCUCUGGACCCUUGUGAACUGCGGGCAUCUGCCCCCCUGGUCCUUCGCCCCAAAGACUGUCACCCUCAAUGGCCUCAUGUACUUCAUAAGAGACGACUCGGCCGAGGUGGAUGUGUACAACCCAGCGAAGAAUGAAUGGGACAAGAUCCCAGCCAUGCUUCAGGUCCACGUUGGGGGCAGUGUGGCCGUGCUCGGCGGGAAGCUCUACGUCUCCGGUGGCUACGACAACACCUUUGAGCUCUCGGAUGUCCUGGAAGCCUAUGACCCCGAGACACGAGCAUGGAGCGUGGUGGGCCGGCUCCCCGAGCCCAUCUUCUGGCACGGCAGCGUCAGCAUAUUCCGGCAGUUCAUGCCGGAAACCACGCCGGAGGACGAUGCCAUCACGCUGGACAACACCAUCAACUUGAACAGGCAGCGCCAGAGCCUCCACAACCAGAACCUGAACGAGCUGCGCUAGCAGGGACGGCAGCUCCAUGAACCAGAACCUGGGUUGCUUUGAGAGGCAAAACGGUGCUGGGAGCCAAACCUGAA